UAGAGCAACUACGUGCGAAACAGCACAUUCUGGUUUUGUAGCUAGCUGAAGCUAACAGGCUAUCCCUCGUUUGUUGUUACGGUCCGAUCCAGCACCGAGACCCGGUCCAGACCCGGUUCAGGUCGUUAACACGGUGCCGGUUCUGACCCGGAACAGCUACAGUUAGCUACAGUUAGCUCUGUUAGCAUCGGCGGCUAGCUCUAACUUAGCUCCGCUCCAGCAGCAGAGAACCAGAGCAGAGCCAACAGAAGCUAACAGGAGCUAACAGGAGCUAGCUGGACAACAUGGCGACAGAGGAGAAGAAACCAGAGACAGAAAACAUCAAACAGCCUUCGUCUUCCUCGGGGUCCGGCAGCAAGUCUAACCCAGUCAAACCAAACUACACAGUGAAGUUCACGCUGGCCGGACACACCAAGGCCGUCUCUUCUGUCAAGUUCAGCCCCAACGGAGAGUGGCUCGCAAGCUCCUCUGCUGACAAGCUGAUAAAGAUCUGGGGAGCGUUUGACGGGAAGUUUGAGAAAUCCAUCGUUGGACACAAACUGGGAAUCUCUGAUGUCUCCUGGUCUUCAGACUCCAACCUGCUGGUCUCUGCAUCCGACGAUAAAACGCUCAAGAUCUGGGACAACAAUUCUGGGAAGUGUCUGAAGACUCUAAAGGGACACAGUAACUACGUCUUCUGCUGUAACUUCAACCCUCAGUCCAACCUGGUGGUGUCCGGAUCGUUUGAUGAGAGCGUUCGUAUUUGGGAUGUUAAGACCGGAAAAUGUCUGAAGACUCUGCCUGCUCACUCUGACCCUGUCUCUGCUGUUCACUUCAACAGAGACGGCUCGCUCAUUGUCUCCAGCAGCUAUGACGGCCUCUGUCGUAUCUGGGACACAGCGUCAGGACAGUGUCUGAAGACUCUGAUUGAUGACGACAAUCCUCCAGUGUCUUUUGUAAAGUUUUCUCCAAAUGGAAAAUACAUCCUCGCUGCUACACUGGACAACACGUUGAAGCUCUGGGACUACAGCAAGGGAAAGUGUUUGAAGACGUAUUCGGGCCAUAAGAAUGAGAAGUACUGCAUCUUCGCCAACUUCUCAGUCACAGGAGGGAAGUGGAUCGUGUCGGGCUCUGAGGACAGUAUGGUUUACAUCUGGAACCUUCAGACCAAAGAGAUCGUUCAGAAACUUCAAGGACACACAGAUGUGGUGAUCUCCACCGCCUGUCAUCCCACAGAAAACAUCAUCGCCUCAGCCGCUCUGGAAAACGACAAAACUAUCAAACUGUGGAGGAGUGACUGUUAGACCAGAGGACACCAGGUCCAGGUCCAGGUCCAGAGCCUCAACUGUUCCCGUCUAACACAGAGACACCGAGUCAGAGCAGGUCCCAUUGUGUCCCAGCUUCACGCCUAAAACCACUGAUUGGUCUGAUCACACCGCUAAAAUACAAAGACGAAAAUCCAGCUGCUAAACAUUAAGAAACAAGUGUUUGUUUGUUGAAGGAGCAGUUCACUGAUUUCCAGCCCAGUUAGAUGUUGAUUUGUGACGAUGCAGAGAGAAGAUCGGUCUUUAGAUACAGACUGAGGACAGGAAGUCCUCAGGUGGAGCUGAGCUUUUAUUUUGAAUUUUCUCUUUUUAUUUCAGUGAGAGGACGACAGGUUUCCUGAUCCAUCACGUUAGUUUGACCAAUCAGCAUUUCCUCCCUUUCACAUUAAAAGACUUCCUGUCGUUCAGGAAAGAAGAAGAAUUGAAUUUUAGUUUUUUAAGUUCAGAUUUAUUUAUUAUUUAAAUGUGUUAUAAUAAUCAUUUCUGUAUUGUUAAAGUUAAAACUUAAAGACACCGCUCUUCCAGUGAGUCCCAGCAUCACAGUGUUUAGUUUCUCUGUCUGGUAGAUUUGCUUUAUUUAAGACAUUAGCAAAGUGACACAGGACAUAAAAUCAUCACAGAUCGGUCGGAGCGCCGUGUUUAACGAUAUGUCUUUAAAUGUCACUGUCAGAGCUGAAAAUGAAACAGAAAUCAACAAGAUUGCUGAUUUCACUUCUCUGCACAGAUCAACUGUCAGUUCUCGGCCCAGAGGUGAUUGUCAUGGUUACUGCGACGUCACAGUGAUUCAGUCUACACCUGACCCUACAGGUGAUCGUCUGCGUGUCACUCUCCGUGCGUCACUUUGAACACAUGAAGAAAACUUUUCUGUCACAUUCAACAGUCUUCAUGAACUGCAGUGAACGGGCUCCACCUUUAAGCAACAGCAACAACCUUAUGAAAACAUCUGUUGACAAACUGUCACACAGCUGCUGCAGAAUCAUAAUCUAAGUCUCAUUUAUCACGUCAGAUGAUCUGUCGCAUCAAAACCAGACUGCACUGUUACAAACUGAUUUAACAUCUCUGAACACGGAGCUGUUGGUCGACUGCUGCCUCCAUCAGUCUGUGUUACUGUGAGGGUCCACAGUUUAAUGUGUUCAACAUCAGGUUGCAGCAAUAAGACAGUUUUCAGUUCUACAGUGAUAGAAAAGUUGACAGUUACUGUACCGUGUACGUUUGUGUAUCUAUGCUAUUGGAACAAAAGCAACAGUAAAUAACUUUAUUUGAGUUAUUUUCUAAGAGGAGAUUUUUUACACUUAUCUUAAAACUCCAAUUAAAAGCUCCGUCUCUUUACCAGCCCCGACAAAUCAAGGCCUGUCUCUAUCAGAGGCCUGGUCUCUUUGCUAAGCAGUUGAUUUUUAUAGAAGAUCUUUGGAUGUAUAAAGCAGGUCGUUGGCUCGCUCACAUUAUGUGUCUGCUCCUGGAUUACCCUGUAAGAUCUUCAUAUUCCUUCAGUCUGUCAGGGUCCUGUUCACUCUGGGUGAAAUAAACAGUCUGACUGUAUCUCCUGAUCUUUGCUGAGCAACACUUUUGUGUGAAAAGAAUUAAAGGCCUGUCUCAAAUACAGGCCUGUUGAGUUCAGUGAUUUAAGCAAAUAAUAGCCCGGGGCUACUCUUUCAGGUUUUGUUCAACCUUUUGUUUUCAUUCCUUUAAGGAUCAUUCUGACUCAUGGUAAGUGUUUGAUCUGUCAUAUUUUCUAUCAUACUGUGAAAACCUCAUAGUGUCGGCAUCAUACCUGUGUUUGUUUUCUGUCUCUGUUAAGCAGCUGUCUGUUAGUCAGUCACUCUACAGCAGGAAACAGCACUUCAAAAUAAAAGCCCUGUGCUGAGAAUUCACUGUACUUCAAAAUUAAGUGUGUUAUUUGCAAACUUGACACGUUUGUGAGUCACUUGUGGUCCAUUCAGAGCAGACCUGUAACCCACCAGUUAGGAACCACUGCUUUAAAAAGUGUUUUUAUCAGUGGAGUCAAGAGAGCGUGCUCAGUGUCACUCUCAGCUCAGCGGUGUGUCUGUGACGUACAGAUCAUCUGACAUGAUUAAUGACACGUAGAUCAUUCUGCAGCAGCUGUGUUUGUCAACAGAUGUGUGGACCCUGUUUACUUCAGUUCAUCUAGAAUUUCCUGUUUUUGGAUCCUUGGUUCAGCAGAGACGUGACAGAGAAUCAAACUCUCCUUCCUGUUUUACCGUCACACAUGUUUGACGUACAGACGAUCACGUUAGCGGCGAAAUCUUCCUUUAAGAAGUGUUUUUAGGAUGAAGCUGGGACACGCCCACUGUCCUCGGAUUCAUUGGUUGCUAUAGUGUGUGUGUGUGUGUGUGUGUGUGUGUGUGUGUGUGUGUGUUUGUGGCCCUGCAGCGUUCACUGACUCUCUGUCCUGUUGGAACAAACAAACAGCAGUUCUUCAUCAUCAUCAUCAUCAUCAGAAGCUUCAAUCAGCCGACUGAGAAAAGACAUGAUUGAUCAUGUUUGAAGGAUUUUUUUCAGUUAUUUGUAAAUAAAGAUUUUUGACUACGA